AUGGGUGAAGAAGAACUCACUCCACCAUGCUCGCAUGGCUCGCCAAGCUUAGAGACAUCUCUCAUGGUACAGUUGGCAAGGAAGAUUGCCGAAGAGACAGAAAAGCUUGACAAUUAUUUCAAGAGCAAGGGGCUUCCAGAUCUGGGAUUUGAUGCCAACGCCCCCAAUGACCUCCUCAAGCUACCGGAGGACAUACAGAAAUGCAGGCUGGAGAUUUCAUCGGCAACAAAGCAACUAGAACUUCUCGUAAGAGGACCUAGAGAGACUAUCAGAUGGGGUAUAUGGAGUUAUCUAGACACGUUGAGUCUUCAGAUUCUCAACAGUUACAAGAUAUACGAUCUUGUCCCGUUAGAUGAGCCCAUUUCUUUGCGAGAUCUUCAAACUAGAACCACAUUGGAUUCUGUUAACUUGGCCCGCGCUCUGCGUCAUGCCAUGACGAACAGUAUCUUCCAGGAACCCAUGCCGGGCUUCAUAGCACACAGUGCUGCUUCCAAAAUCCUUGCUCAAGAUGCCAACCUUCAAGCUUGGGUGGGUUUGAACGGAGAAGAUUUCUUUCCAGCGGGAGCACACACUCUGGAAGCUCUUCGUGCCGACCCAAAGGCUACCUCGCUCACGCGGACCGGAUUCAACCAUGCUUGGGGAACGGUUGACAAAGAGCCCAUGUUUGCAACAUUUGGCAAAGACCCCCCACGAGGAAAGCGAUUCGCGGUAGCAAUGGCAAGCCUCACUGGCGGAGAGGGCUACGAAGUUGGCCAUUUCGUUGACAGCUACGACUUUUCCGAUGUGAACGCCAAUGAAGGGACAUUCGUGGAUGUCGGCGGGAGCCAUGGCUUCGUGUGCGUGGACCUGGCUAGGAAAUGGAGCAAGAUGAAAUUCGUUGUGCAAGAUUUGCCAAAAACUGUCAGCAGUGCCCCGAAUCCCAUAUGCGAAGAUGAAGGGGUGGUCCAACGCAUAUCGCUCCUGGCUCACGACUUCUUCACAGAACAACCUGUCAAGGGCGCUGAUGUGUUCUUCUUUAGGUGGAUAUUUCAUAACCUAGCUUCGCAUUAUGCUGUAACAAUUCUGAAGAAUCUUGUCCCGGCUCUCAAACCUGGGGCCCGCAUACUCAUCAACGACCACUGUCUCCGCGAGCCUGGGGUUGAGAACAACUGGGAUGAGAAGCUUAUGCGGAGCAUGGAUCUACUGAUGUUAACUCUUUUAAACUCCCAAGAGCGAACAGAAAGGGAGUUUGAGGAGCUUUUCAAGGCUGCUGACGAGCGAUUCAUUUUCAAGGGUGUAACAAGGUCGGAGGGGUGUAGGAUGAGUAUCAUCGAAGCCGUUUGGCAACCUUGA